AUGGCCGUGCCAGAAGCUAAAAGCAUGAUCGUUCUUUUGUUAGACGGGCGAGGAGACACACCGGAUUCAGAGCUACAUGAGUUGAUUAACGGAAAAUACACACUCAUGGGAAUCGACGCGGCGUCUUUCCAUUUUUACAAAGCGAGCAACGGGCAGAAACCCUCCCUAGCCGUAUUCUGCGAGGCUCCCCAGAACUCGUCUUGGAACGAAGCAUUGGCAAAGGAAGCCGACAUCCUUAGCCACGUAGCGUCCUUCCAGCAGCGCAAGUACACCCUUGCGUACGAGCUCACACCUCCCUCCGCCGAUCCGACAUCCUUACCUGGGAGAUACGUCCUUCUCACCAGCAAUACACCAGCAGCACGACACGAUGAAGACUUUGAGAAAUUUUAUGACGAAGAACACAUAGAGUUGAUAGCGAAGGUGCCUGGCUGGCUCCGCUCGAGGAGGUACAAACUGGAGGAGUAUUCCGGGGCCCACACGACGGAGUCCACUUCGACGCCAGGAAAAUAUUUGGCGGUUCAUGAAUUCGAGAGACAGGGAUUUGUACAGGCACCGGAGAUGGGAGCGACGGCGAAGACGCCAUGGGCUGAGCGCAUCCUGAAGGUAGUUAGCAUCGAAUUCGUGAAGGUGUUCGAAAGACAGAACUGA